AUGACCCGUUGUGGUGUGGAUCCUCCUUUGAUGAAAUGCGACGUAAAUCAGACAUACGUGGAUACAACAUAUGCUUUUGUAACUGGUCAAACAUUUGCUACAAGAGAAGAGGCGAUAAGUUGGAUUAGGGAGGUUGGAAUCAGGAAUAAAGUGACAGUUAUAAUAACUCGUUCAGAUACCAAAACAGACAAGAGAGGAAGAAGUGACAAAUUAAUAUUUGGUUGUGAUAAAGGUGGAAAAUACAAAAAAAAAAUAGAAAGCGAAACCCAAAGUGCCAGUAAGAGAUGUGGUUGUCCUUUCAAAAUUAGGUCAACACCGUCGAAAGAUUGUUCUGGAUGGAAGAUCGAUGUAAAAUGCGGAGUACACAACUACGGCUUACCUGAUAGAUUUGAAGGUCAUGCUUUCGUAAGUCGACUAAAUACAGAUGAUAAGCAACAUAUUGUUGAUUUGAAAAAAUGCCAUGUUCCACCAAGACACAUAUUAUUGUCAUUGCAAGAGCGUGACCCGGAGAAUGUCACUCGGAUCACGCAAAUAUACAAACAUAAGAGUAAGAUACAACAAGACAUAAGGGGUCCCAGAACAGAAAUGCAACAAUUGCUCAAAUUGGUUGAAGAAUCAGGUUAUGUUUACUGGAGCAAGAAAAAGGAUGAGUCAGAAGUUGUGAGAGAUAUUUUCUGGGCUCAUCCAGAAUCAACAAAGACCUUUUGUUGGGUAUUGGAUAAGUUGAAACAGUUGUUUAUUAAGCAGGAUUUUUGUCCUCAAGUAAUCUUGACUGAUAGAGAUCUUGCUUUAAUGAAAGCCAUUGAAACAGUAUUUCCAAAGACAACUAAUUUGCUUUUCCGAUUUCACAUCAACAAAAAUGUGAAAUCAAAGUGUAAGGAGUAUGUUGUGGAUAAUAUGCGAGAAACUGUGGAGAAAAUGUGGGUGGAGUCUGCGCAUUGGAAACUUAAGCAAAUGUUAGAGAAUAGCUUAGGUGAUUUAUGCAAAUGUUGGGAGGCUAUGAAUGACAAUAUCAAGAAACAAGUGGGCAACAUUAGAGCUUCAUUUCAGAAGAGUUUUUAUGAAGUUGAGCAUGCACACACUAGUCCUUUUUAUUCAAAUUUGCGUGGUUCAGUAUCAAGAGCUGCAUUGAGGCAGAUUGCUGAAGAGUGGUUGAGGAUUGACAUGGUAGGUACAGAUACGCAAAAGUGCGGAUGUACUCAUAGAAAGGUAUAUGGGUUACCAUGUGCUUGUGAGUUAGGGAGAUAUACAUUGAGUGGUGAUGCGAUACCAAUUGAGGCUAUUCAUAUUCAUUGGAGAAAACUAAGUAUGGAAGGUAAUCAAGAUGUAGAUGCAGAUGAUGGAUCAGAAAUAGACAUGACCAAUGCAAUCGAUGAAAUUUGGAAAAGAUGGAGGUCACUAGAUGUUGUCGGAAAAAGAGCAUUAAAAAGCAGAGUGUGUGAGAUUGCUUAUACGACUACAACAAAGAUGUGUCCACCGCCUGAAAAAAUUAAAACCAAAGGAGGGGUUAAGAAGAAAGAGAAGAGACAUGUGGGAUAUGAUGUUUAUCGUGAUCCUUCGGGAUAUGAGUAUGUUGAUCAAGCACAUUCGAGUUCUCGAAAAUAUUCAAAGAGGUUAUGUUCACAACUAUCCCAAACCUCAAAAAAUAAAGAAUUUGAUAAAUACAUUGUACAAUUUCCAGAUUACAUCAGACCAUUUAUUGAUGACAUUGUUGAUGUAAGAGAUUAUGGAAAUUGUGGGUUUAGAGCCAUUACAUCUUUCCAUGGUUAUGGCACAGAUGGAUGGUCAAUGGUUCGUCGGGAUUUGGAGAAAUAA